AUGUCCUCUCCAGCAUUAGAAUCAUCCAAUCAUCCUUCUCAAGCUACCUCUGGUAAUUCAAAUUCUUUGACUACAAAUUCUCCUCUUGUCUCUCCUCGUGGUGGCGGAAUUGGUCCAAAACUUGCUGCUCGUUUAACUCUCUAUCAAUCUUCAAUUUCUAAUUCUUCUUUAUCUCCUACAACUGGUUUAUCAACACCUGGAACCACUUCUUCGUCCUCUCCGCAACCAUCACCUCGUACACUUGAAUUAAUUAGUGUCUUUGAGAAGAACAAUAAUAAUUCUCAAUUAAAUAAUACAAAGAAGAGUAGUACAGAAUUAAAAACAACAUCCAUCGCACAAGCACCAUCAUCCGUGGUAGUACUACCCUCUGUAUUGACGACCAGCAGUCAUAGUGUGAAAAAAGUUAAUUCCACAUUAUCCACUUCAACUUCACCUCGAAGAAAAGAAACGAGUGACAAUAGUGACAACAAGUCUUCAACCACAAGAAAACUCUCGAAAAGUACUCCAACUCCAACCAGUACCAAUUCACCAGUAUUGAGUCAAGCUCAAGCUUCUUCUACUGCUCGUAGCACAACCAAUUCGGAAAAGAAAUUACCAACAAACAAGGAAUGA